GGUGACCGUUGAGCAUUCCCGCCGAAAACUCGAACAGCCGCAGCUGUUGUCGUGCCCUGACCGUCCCCUUCUGUUUUGUGCUGCGAGCGUGUGUGUGUUUGUUGUGCAGAGCUUUCCCAUCCAACCUCUCUCUCCCUUUGUUGUUUUGUUGGCUGCCAGCAGCUGCAAGCAAGCCUUCUUUGGUGGCUCGUUCUUGUGCGUCGCCCCCUUUGUUGCUUGUGGCAGUUGCCUCGCGUCGAUUGCAUUCCACGCCAAGCAAGCAAGCUGUCUCAACACCUGCCGCACCCUUUGACACAAUCAACAACACCUGUGACAACAGACCAACACAACACCAAGACAACAGCAGCCACCAGCAGCCACCAGCAGCGAGCUGCGCACACCCAUUCCAUCACCAGCUUGGUCGUGCAACUGUUUGCUGAGCUGUGUUGGUUGGGGAGCCGCCUCUCGUUGCUUCCUGUCUUUGUUGAGGCUGCCAAGCAGCAACACCAUCAGCACCAGCCAGCGCACAAGUCGAGUGCGCCGUUUCUGACCAUCACCUCCGUGUUUCGCGCGCAUAGGCGAUCAUGGCAGAGCCCAACUUCAACAACUGCACCCACGAAGGGGUGCCUUCGUCACCUCAAGGAGGAGGCAGGUUAUCAUUCAGCCAAGGCAGCCAUGCAAUAACCUCCACUCCAGCCAUAACAAGUACAGCAACAACAACAGCAACAACAACAACAGCACCAUCACCACCACCAACAUCAUCAGCAGUAACAACUGUCGACGUUGGCGUUGACGCUGAGGAGCCGCGCACCCCACCAGCGCUGCUGCUUUCCCGCGACUUUGGUGGUGACGACCUGAACAGCUCGUCCUUCCUCGAGUUUAGCGAGGGCAUGCACACGCCACCACGCGACUCUGCGCGUAGGCGGCGGCCCAUGCCUGUGCCGCGCUCCCCGAACCCGCCCCGUCCGCGGCCGGUGCUUGGGUUUGACGACACCGCAUCAUCGCCGCCCCCGCCACCAACGACGACAAUGACGUUCUCGAUGGCGCACGUGCCAGCAUCGCCGUGCCCGCCGCGAACGGAGGUGCCGCCGUCACCGGCACGCAAGGGCCCGCGCGCAGCGUUUGCCAUGCGCUCACCGCGGCCGCGGCCGAACCUCUGCGCACCUUCGAUGGCAAUCCCACCAACAACACCGACAGCAGCAGCCAUGCGCGUGUGUGCGACGAGCCCGGACCACAUUGACACCGCGUUUUCCGGGCGCCAACACCUCCACCCACGCGAUGCCACAGCGCGUGGUGUGGGCAACACGGCGCUGCUGUCCCUGGGGACGGCAGGCACGUUUGCAGCCACCCCGCACUCCCCCAUCCCACUGUCGAAGCAGGACUCGCACAUCCAGUUGCGGAACCAGCCGGCAACGCCACGCAGCCUGCUGCACCGUGCACGACGAGGUGUCCUCAUGCGCAACAACAGCGUGGUGCUUGCCUCUGAGGGCGACGACCAGAACACCAACCACGCCAACGUCAACCCGUUUACGCCGCGCACCAAGGGCAAGCGCGGGCACGACGACUCCCAGCCGCUGCUCCGCAACAACCCGCAGCCGCACAAGAAGACGUUCAGCGUUGUGCGGCGCUAUCGUGAGGAGUUUGUUGAGGAGAGCAUCCUUGGCAAAGGCGACUUUGGCACCGUCUACAAAUGCAGACACAAGCUCGAUGGGAUGGUGUACGCCAUCAAGAAGUCGCGCAAACGCAUCGCCGGCCUCGCUGAAGAACGGCAGCUGUUGCGGGAGGUGUAUGCGCAUGCGGUGCUGCAGGCGCAGCCGUACAUUGUGCGCUACUUCUCCGCGUGGGAGGAGGACAAUCGCAUGAUUAUCCAGAACGAGUACUGUGACGGCGGCACCCUGGCCAAGCUGUUUGAUGACCACAGGCGCGCAAACAGGCCCUUUCUCGAGCACACGCUCCUCGUCAUCCUCAAACACCUGGCACUGGGCACACAUGCAUUACAUCGGCUGAAGCUGGUGCACAUGGACAUCAAGCCCGCAAACAUCCUGAUCAAGUACGAGGAGCCGAUUGGGCGCGUGGCGAAACCGCGGCAGGCCGCACGGGCACGGCGGAAGCUUGACAAGCGCAUGUCAAUGACGGCGGAUGACGCUGCGGUGCAGCCUGGUUAUGAGUCGACGGAUGUUGAGCUGACUGAUGAGGAGGACGCAGACAACACCACCAACAGCCACGAUGGUGAUGAGGAGGAGAGGAGGGGUCGUGGGUUGAGCCGGGGAACGCGUUCACGGUCCCGUUCACGACUGCGGGGAUGGCACCAGGAUGACGAGCAGACAGCAACGAUGGAGGGUGCUCGUGGUAAAGAUGACGGUGCGCACGAGCAUGAUGAGCACAGCAGCGGGUCCAACAGCUUCAACACGUCGGGCACGCUGCCCUCAGACCUGGAGUCUGUGUUUGGAGAGAGCGGGAGUGAUGGUGAAGGUGGCGGCUCUGUCAGCGGCACCAUGUCCCGUCUCGGCGUGUCCACUAUUAACAACGCGAAGGGUGACGCAAACACAGACGCCAUCAGCACCAACAGCAACAUCGGUGCUACCGCCACUGCCACCGCGAAUGCCACGGUUACCGACACUGCUGCAGCCAAGAAGCAGGGGCGAAGGGGCCGGUUGCAGCUGUUUGGUGGCGGAAAUGAUGAUAGCAGCCGUGCUGCUGGCACCCAUAGCGAUGCGUUUGCUUCCGCAUGCAGUGCUGGCAAGACGGCGACAGCAACCAUGAUGGCGCGCCGCCCGCUCAUGCCGCGCGAACACGCAGACAACACCAUCACCAACAGCACCAACAGCAGUGGUCUGGGUGUGAUUACGAGCACGAGUACGGUGGGCAGCGCUGACGACGUGUUUGAGCCCGAGAGCGCGACGGUGACGACGUGCGGGACAUCGGAUGCGGGCGAUGCGGGCGACGCCGUUGAUGUUGCUGACAUCAUCGUGGACGCAGAGCACACACAUGCACAUGCACAGGAGGCGCAUGUUGCUGGGAGUGGUGUGCUGAAGAAGGUGUCGUUUAAGCUCGGCGAUCUUGGACUGGUGACGCGCCGCGAUGACAAGUCGGCAGAAGAGGGCGACAGCAGAUACCUCGCACGCGAGGUGCUGAAGGGCCAGUACCGCGAUCUGUCCAAGGCGGACGUGUUCUCCAUUGGCUGCACCAUGUACGAGCUCGCCAGCCUCGUGCCGCUCGCUGCAAACGGGCCAGAGUGGCACCGUCUGCGCGACAGCCCGCCACCGCUUGCCGGCUACUCGUCCAAGUUCAACCACCUUGUCAUGGCAAUGCUCUCUGAGCAGCCGGGCGAGCGGCCGACCACCUCUGACAUUCUGAAGAGCGAGCUGUUGCGGCCGGACCCUGACCCCGACACGAGCACGCAGCUGAAGGAGGCCCUCGACCGCGUCCAGCAGCUCGAGCGAGAAUUGCGACAGCAGAAACAGCUGGCGAGCCGCCGCGGCAAAGUGCCCGUGACCAGAAAGCAGUCGUGCGUCUUCUGAGGGCAUCGACGACAACGUCGCACACGUGUUCAUCAACGAACGCGUCCCAUCGCACCUUCGAAUGCUUUUUCCCUUCAAGUCCGCCUUUCGGACGCGCACACGCGUCCCAAUCUCUCUCUCUCUCUCUCUCUCUCUCUCUCUCUCUCUCUCUCUCUCUCUCUCUCUCUCUCUCUUCGCUUCCAUUUCUUCUGACAUGACCUGCACGAGCAUGUAUCAUGCCGGCACAGCUCACAUGGCUGUUUCUGCUUCUUCCCCCUCUUCUCUCUCUUGUCUUCUUCGGGUACUAAUUUGGCCAGUAUGAUUAACCUUGUAUGCGUGUGUGUGCGUCGUGCACCACAUCACUCCAUCACAACACCUACCUGACCAGGCACAACCAACCACUAACCGCACCGAGUGCUUUCCAUCCCCGCUUCCCGUUGCAUGUUCUUUCUUCUUGUUGUUGACUUACACCUUGCUUACUGCUGUGCGUAGCGCAUUCAAGUCAUGUUUCGCUCAUGUCGCACGCAAGUGCACUGAGUCAACGUGUACGUGUAUUGUCUGUCAACGUGUAUUGUAAUGUAACAACCCAACAUCGUACAUAGCCCGAAAGAAAUAAAGCAUUGUCUGAC